AUGUCCAACACCUCAUCAGAAUCCAAACUCGCCACCGCGAAGACCAUCCUCUCAGCCGUCGGCUCCGCCGCGGCCACCGCCGUCCUGAUCCGCAGCGUUGCCCACGACCUCCUCCCGCCGGAGUUCCACGAGCACAUUUAUUCCAGCAUCCGGCGCCUCCUCUCCUCCUUCUCCAACCAGCUCACCAUGGUGAUCGACGAGUUCGACGGCCUCGACCCAAACGACAUCUACCAGUCCGCCGAGUCCUACCUCGGCCCCAAAAUCAGCCCCAACACCCGCCGCCUCAAGAUCAGCCGCCCCGAAAAGGAGAACCACUACAAAAUUACCAUGGAGAAGGACCAGGAGAUCGUCGACACCUACGCCGGCGCGAAAUUCAAGUGGGCGUGGAUAUGCACGAAAACCGAGACACAAUCCUUCUACAACCCGCGCGACAUGAACUCCACCCUCAAAUCGGAGGUCCGCUCGUUCGAACUCACUUUCCACAGGCGGCACAAGGAUUUGGUCGUGAACUCAUAUUUGCCCCACAUCGCGGCCGAGGCAAAGAGGGCAAAGUACGAGAAACGGACGCUCAAGAUCCACACAGUCGACGGAGAGACGCUGAGGUACGAGGACGUCAACAACGUGUGGACGCCGGCGACUUUCGACCAUCCGGCAACAUUCGACACGCUGGCAAUCGAUCCGGAGCAGAAGGGGAUGAUUUUGCGGGAUCUGGAGAGGUUUCUAGGGCGGAGGGAGUUUUACCGGAAAGUGGGAAAGGCGUGGAAAAGGGGGUAUUUGCUGUACGGGCCGCCGGGGACUGGGAAAUCGAGCCUGAUUGCUGCCAUAGCCAACUAUCUGAAGUUCGAUGUGUACGACUUGGAGCUGACGGAGCUGCAGAAAAACUCAGAUCUGAGGAAGCUGAUUGUGGGGACGGCCAAUCGGUCGGUGCUGGUGGUGGAGGACAUCGACUGCACAAUCGAUUUGCAGGAGAAAUUGGCUAAAAGGGACUCGUCUGAGGAGCAUCAACAUAACUCGGAAGACGAAAGCAAGAAGCUCGACCCGGCCCUGCUCCGGCCCGGCCGGAUGGACAUGCACAUAAACCUCUCGUAUUGCACUCCGAGUGGGUUUCGGCUCCUCGUCGCCAACUAUCUUGGGAUCAAAGAACACACUCUGUUUGGGAAAAUCGAGGAUUUGAUUCGGAAAGAGAACGUGACUCCGGCUGAGGUGGCCGAGGAGCUGCUCAAGGACGAUGAUGCCGAUUUUGCCCUAAAAGGUCUGAUUGAUUUCAUGCACAGGAAAAUGAAGAAAAAUGAAGAGGAUGAGAAGGUGGUGAAAACAGAGUCAGGGGAGAAGAAAGAGAGUGGUGAAGAAAAUGGUGAAAAGGAGGGAAAUUUGAAAAGUGCUGACCAAGAAAGUUGA